CCGGCGCGCCGGGCGAUGGCGGCGCUGGCGGGGUGCGGGCGGGCGCUGCGGGCGCUGCGGGCGGCCGGGAGCGGGGCGCGGCGGCGCUGGGUCGGUUCCGCUUCCGCUUCCGCUUCCGGGUCCGGCUCCGGGUCCGGGUCCGGCUCCGGGUCCGGGUCCGGGUCCGGCUCCACCUCCCUGAGCGCCGCCGCCCGCCCCGCCCACGAGGAGGACGCCAUGUGGGCGGUGCAGCGCAAGCACCCGGACACGCACGGCUUCGCCGAGGACCCGGCCGCCGACGCGCUCAACAUGCGGGCGGCCUUCGUGGCCGGCGUCUCCGUCGCCAUCGUCCUCGGCUCCCUCUUCCUGCGCUACCUGCCCGACUACGGGCUGCGGGAGUGGGCGCGGCGGGAGGCCGAGCGGCAGCUGCGGGCGCGCGAGGCCCUGGGGCUCCCGCCGGUGACGCCCGACUACUACGACCCGGCGCGGCUGCCGCUGCCCCCCCCCCGCCCCCGGCGACGCCUGAGCCGGACGCCUGGGCCCCUGCCCCGGACGCCUGGGCCCCUUCGCCCGGACGCCCGGGUCCCUUUCCGGGACGCCUGGGCUCCUUCGCCGGACGCCUGGGCCCCUUCGCUGGACACCUUGGUGCUUCGCUUGGACAUCUAGACUCGUUCCCCGGACGCCUGGGCCCCUUCCCCGGACGCCUGGGCCCCUUCCCAGACACCUGGGCCCUUCCCCGGACGCCUGGGCCCCUUUUUCCCGGACGCCUGGGCCCCUUCCCAGAUGCCUGGGCCCUUCCCCGGACGCCUGGGCCCCUUCCCAGACGCCUGGGCCCUUCCCCGGACGCCUGGGCCCCUUUUUCCCGGACGCCUGGGCCCUUCCCCAGACGCCUGGGCCCUUCCCCGGACGCCUGGGCCCCUUUUUCCCGGACGCCUGGGCCCGCUCCUCCGUCACCGGGGUGUGUAUGGGUUGGGGGGGGGGAGGGGCAGUAAUAAACGCCCGGACGCCUGGGCCCGCUCUUGA